AUGCUGUUUUCUCUACCUCCUUACAGAUCGGGCUUCCCCCCCCCGGGCGUGCGUUUCCUUCCCCUUUUUUCUGGUACAGGAGAAACCGCAGGAGAACCCGUCGUCUUCGACUUUUGCCUCGGAUGCAGCGUCGUCGCCGUCCUCCCCCCCGCCGGCUCGGCCGAAGGCGGUGGUGAGCACCAAGUUCUCGGACGUACUGGCGUUCGGGGGGCCGGCGCCGGAGAGGAUCAACGGGAGGCUAGCCAUGGUGGGGUUCGUGGCGGCACUGGGGGUGGAGCUGGCGAGGGGGACAGGCCUCGCGGCGCAGGUGGCGGAGGGCGCGGGGGUGCCGUGGUUCGUGGCGACGGCGUCGGUUCUGUCACUGGCGUCGCUGGUGCCGUUGUUCAAGGGGGUGACGGCCGAGUCCCGCUCCGCGGGGCUGAUGACCUCCGACGCGGAGAUGUGGAACGGCAGGUUCGCCAUGCUCGGCCUCGUGGCCCUCGCCUUCACCGAGUUCGUCACCGGCGGUCCCCUGGUCUGAGGCCCACAACCAACGCUCACUUUCUCCUGCUGUACAAUCCUCCCUUGUUAACUGAUCUGAAGUAACCCAGCUGUACGUUGGUUGGGCCUCUUUGGGUAUUUGGACUAGCUGGGCCUAUUAAACACUCUCGAAUUAUUCCAAAUUAUCCUUCAUAUUCCAUUUUAUCGCACUAAUAUAUAUAUAUAUAUAUAUUAUACUAAACCAUCCGAUUUUAUUACUUCAGGAUAAUACUAACUCUUGAUUUGAGAGUUAACCUCACAAAAACUCAACCCACUAUGAUUAGCUCAAUUGUCAAACGACAUUGCAAAGUAUUAAUGGUUAAAAAUACCUAAAUAACAGAUUUACCCUUGAGAUGGGUUUGAGAUCACAAUCUCUCUCUCUCUAUAGAGGGGGAGGCUAUCUACUUCCACGAGGCAGUGUCAACUCUACAAUGGGUUUCAUUCUCUCUCUCUGUCUCUCUCUCGCUAAAGGGGGGGAGGCUAUCUAUUCCCCCGAGAGAGGGUCAACUUUACAAUGGGUUUCAUUCUCUCUCUCUCUCUUUUUCUAGACGUUGUGUAUAAAGAAGCGGUCAACAACAGGUGGGAAGAAGGUGAAGAUCGGAGGGAGGGAGCUGCUAGAAGAUGUGGCAUGGAAUGUGCAUGAGACUUCGGAGAUCGGUUGAGGUCUGUCCGAUCUUCAAGAGCAUUUUAGGAAGAACAGAUUUAUAUCCCUUUCUUUCUCGCUUUAGACAUUGGUGGGAAUUAUUCGUCAUGCAUGGAGAGGGAGGAAUAUCCGUCAGGGCUCGAAGACCAUGCUCUCGGCUUCCUUCUUCACGGCCUGGAAGAGCACCGAGGAGAGGUAGCGUUCCCCGAAGCUGGGGAAGACCACCUGCCCACCCAGAGAUCAACACUCAACGGGUCAAAACAAGCCUCUUUCAUAGAAAGCGAGAGGGAGAGAGAGAGAGAGAGAGAGAGGGGAGAGAGAGGAUUACCACGAUGA